GCUUUCUUCCGGCUGUGUCAUUUUCGAAUGAGCCUGCGAAGUACUGCAAGUUCGUUGGUCGGCAGUUGACGUUUAAUCUUCUUAAAAGCGAAUUCGAGUGCAACGCGAAAGUGUUUUGUUCUUUGUGUCUUAUUUGAAAGGAUAUUGAAAAUACAUCAAAAUGUCUUCCCGUAAAACAGCUGGUCGCCGUGCUACCACCAAAAAACGUGCCCAACGUGCCACAUCAAAUGUUUUCGCAAUGUUCGAUCAAGCACAGAUUGCCGAAUUCAAAGAGGCUUUCAAUAUGAUUGAUCAAAAUCGCGAUGGAUUUGUUGAGAAGGAAGAUUUGCAUGAUAUGCUAGCGUCAUUGGGAAAAAAUCCAACCGAUGACUAUCUUGACGCAAUGAUGAAUGAAGCUCCAGGACCGAUUAAUUUCACCAUGUUCUUAACACUGUUUGGAGAACGCUUGCAAGGCACGGAUCCUGAGGAAGUUAUAAAGAAUGCAUUUGGAUGUUUCGAUGAGGAUAACACAGGAUUGUUAUCAGAGGAGCGACUUCGAGAGUUGCUUACAACGAUGGGUGAUCGAUUUACAGAUGAAGAUGUCGACGAAAUGUAUCGCGAGGCGCCAAUUAAAAACGGUCUCUUCGACUACAUCGAGUUCACGAGAAUCCUCAAGCACGGCGCAAAGGACAAAGACGAGCAAUAAUUUCAAUUACCGGCAGUAUUUCCUUGCAGAGCCAAAUUGUUUUACUCUUUUCACCUACUUCGAAGCCAUCCCCUAUUCGAAUUCCAUAUUCCUAUCAUGUAAUGUAUUUAGUUUUCUAUGGGGCUAAGGGUUUAUUGCAUUUAUAAAUCAAUAGUUGUUAAUUCGUUAUUCGAUUUUACUACUCAGUUUUAUUUAUUCCAAAAAAAUGUCAAAUGAAAUUUGAAUUAACUCAACAUAUUUGAUUUUGCCCGUGAUUGGUCUAGCGAGAUAUACGAUAUGUUUAUCGGUAAAUUAGAAUGAAAGAUAAAGUUUAUAUGUUCCAUGUACCAUAAGCUUAAAAAUUUAUUAACUAAUAAAAUUUUUUAUACAGACAA